AUGUCAUUCAGGAGAACUGUCUAUGUCUCUGAUCUCGAUCAACAGGUCACUGAAGAGCAGCUUGCUGGUUUGUUUGUGAACUGUGGGCAGGUUGUUGACUGCCGCAUAUGUGGUGACCCAAACUCAGUCCUACGGUUUGCAUUCAUCGAGUUCACUGAUGAAGAGGGUGUGAUGACUGCUCUGAAUUUAUCCGGGACUAUGUUGGGAUUCUAUCCUGUGAAGGUUUUGCCAUCCAAAACAGCUAUUGCGCCGGUGAAUCCGACGUUCUUACCAAGGACUAAAGAUGAGCGUGAGAUGUAUGCAAGAACUAUCUACUGCACUAACAUUGACAAGAAGGUGACUCAAUCAGACGCGAAGGUCUUCUUCGAAUCCUUCUGUGGAGAGGUCUACCGUCUAAGGCUUCUUGGAGAUUAUCAACACUCUACUCGUAUUGCUUUUGUAGAGUUUGUGAUGGCAGAGAGCGCGAUAGCAGCGCUAAACUGCAGUGGAGUUGUUCUAGGUUCUCUACCGAUAAGGGUGAGUCCUUCAAAGACGCCUGUUCGUCCGAGAUCACCGAGGCAUCCAAUGCAUUGA